AUGCGGCUUGCAGCCCAGCAGGCUCUCUGCAAGGAGAGCCGUGUGUCCAGUUGCAGUGCUUAUGAGCGUGUGCAAGUGUCGGCUCAGCUGGGGAGCAGCAGGCCAGCUGAAGGACUGGGGGCCACUGUGAUGGUGCCGCCUCCCCUGGAGCCCUCGUUUGAGAUCUGCAGGACCAUUUAUAAGAAUCUGGAGAAUGCUGCUGAGGCAGCGGAGCAGUUUAAAUUAAUCCAGGCGGCGUACGAUGUGUUGAGUGACCCUCAGGAAAGAGCCUGGUAUGACAAUCACAGAGAGGCCCUGCUCAAAGGUGGCCUUGAUGGCGAGUACCAAGACGACAGCUUAGAUUUGCUGCACUAUUUCACUGUGACCUGUUACUCCGGCUAUGGAGAUGACGAGAAGGGUUUCUACACGGUGUAUCGGAACGUGUUUGAAAUGAUUGCAAAGGAAGAGCUAGAAUCCGUGUUAGAGGAAGACAAGGAGAAUUCCCCGUCCUUUGGAGACUCUCAGAGUGACUACGACACGGUGGUCCAUCCCUUCUACGCUUAUUGGCAGAGCUUCUGCACGCAGAAGAACUUCGCGUGGAAAGAGGAAUACGACACGCGGCAGGCCUCCAACCGCUGGGAGAAGCGAGCCAUGGAAAAGGAAAACAAAAAGAUUCGGGACAAAGCGAGGAGAGAGAAGAACGAACUGGUCCGACAGCUGGUCGCUUUCAUUCGGAAACGAGAUAAAAGGGUGCAGGCUCACCGAAAACUGGUAGAGGAACAGAACGCCGAGAAGGCGAGGAAAGCUGAAGAGAUGCGGCGGCAGCAGAAGCUGAAGCAGGCCAAGCUGGCAGAGCAGUACAAAGAGCAGAGCUGGAUGACCGUGGCCAAUCUGGAGAAGGAGCUCAGGGAGAUGGAGGCGCGCUACGGAAAGGAGUUUGGAGAUGGAUCGGAGGAAGAUGAGGUGGAGGAGCAAGAGCCCAGAGAUGGACAGGAGGGUAAGGACAGUGAAGAAGAAGAGGAUACCGAUCUUUUUGAUGACCUUUACUGCCCAGCAUGUGACAAAUCAUUCAAGACGGAGAAGGCCAUGAGGAAUCAUGAAAAAUCAAAGAAGCACCGGGAAAUGGUGGCCUUGCUGAAGCAGCAGUUGGAAGAGGAGGAGGAACAGUUUUCAGGACCACAAACGGAUGAAAAUGCGGGCAAUGCCAAUUCUGAGGACGAAGUGGACGACGUCCCCAAACAAAAGCUUUCUAAAAAACAGAAGAAAAAGAAACAGAAGCCAGCACAGAGUUAUGAUGACAAUUUGAAUGAAAAUGGAACUGGAGGAGUAAAAGUUGAUCCAGAAGAUACCAAUUUAAACCAAGACAGCGCCAAAGAUUUGGGAGACAGCCCCCAAGAAAACAACAGUGUCACCAAGACCACUGAACAGUGUGACAAUCCAAAAAGUAAUACUAAAAGUGUUUCUAAACCCAAAGGAAAGAAAGCCAAAGAUACCAAGAAACCUGCUGCCAGGGUGCCUGUCGAGUCAGAAACAAUGGGUGAUGUCCCGAUCAGCUGUUCAACCUGCCAUGGCGAAUUUCCAUCCCGGAAUAAGCUCUUUGAACAUCUAAAGGCCACGGGUCAUGCGAGAGCACUUUCAUCAUCAUCAUCUCUGAACAAUGUAGCAGGUAGUCGAAGCAAGAAAGAAAAACGUAGAAACAGAUAGGAAUUCUUCAACACCUUUUCUUUUUGACUGUAUUUAGUUUUCAAAACCAAAAACUGAACUGAAAACCAUCUAAGGAGUUAAAAUUUCAGUGAUCUGCAAUUUGUUGCAUUGUGGAAGAUUAUUUUUUAUCUUGUAAAAACUUUUUUGUUGUCUAAUAUAUAUUUUUAAACAUUUCACUAGUUAUUGACUGAAUUCUGCUCUUGCUAUUUGACUUGAAUGUCUCAAAACUGGUAAAUAUUAAAAAAAUGUGCAUUCUUGAUUUCUGUUGGCUCAUGGACAGAAAUGUACAGGGAAAAUUAAAUUAUUUUAACACACACA